GCCCUGCGGCUGGGAAGGAGCCGGAUGUCCGGAGGCUCGGGGCAUCGAGAUGGAGGAGGGUGAAUACGAAUCAGUGCUCUGUGUCAAGCCGGAGGUGCACGUCUACCGCAUCCCGCCACGGGCCACCAACCGUGGCUACAGGGCUGCGGAGUGGCAGCUGGACCAGCCAUCAUGGAGUGGCCGGCUGCGGAUCACUGCAAAAGGGCAGGUGGCCUACAUCAAGCUGGAGGACAGGACCUCAGGGGAGCUCUUUGCGCAGGCCCCGGUGGAUCAGUUUCCUGGCACAGCGGUGGAGAGUGUGACCGACUCCAGCAGGUACUUCGUUAUCCGCAUCGAAGAUGGAAACGGGCGACGGGCGUUUAUUGGAAUUGGCUUCGGGGACCGAGGUGAUGCGUUUGACUUCAAUGUCGCGCUGCAGGACCAUUUCAAAUGGGUGAAACAGCAGUGUGAAUUUGCAAAACAAGCCCAGAACCCCGACCAGGGCCCUAAAUUGGACUUAGGCUUCAAAGAGGGCCAGACCAUCAAGCUCAGCAUUGCAAACAUGAAGAAGAAGGAAGGAGCAGCCGGGACCCCUAGAGCCCGGCCUGCCAGCACAGGAGGGCUGAGCCUGCUUCCCCCUCCCCCUGGGGGGAAGACCUCCACCCUGAUCCCUACCCCUGGGGAGCAGUUGUCUGUGGGGGGAUCUCUCGCUCAGCCACCAGUUGCUCCUGGUUCAGUAGGAGGUGCCACUGUGUCCUGGCCGCAGCCGAAGCCAGUCGCCACUGCUGCCGCUGACAUCUGGGGAGACUUUACCAAAUCCACAGGGUCGCCUUCUAGCCAGACUCAGCCAGGCACAGGCUGGGUCCAGUUUUGACCUGAGCGCAAUGCUUUCCUCAUAGCACUUCUGGAAAGGAGCUGCCUCAUCUGGGCCAAAGGAAGGAGGAUGAAGCACUCCCUGGCCAGCCUCUGUUUGGAGCAUGACUCUCCUCUCCUCCUUGCCUGACCCUCUUGACAGACUGGCAUGUCAGGCAGCAAGUUGGCACUGUGUCACACAAUUUUCUGGGAUUCAGUAUGCUACCAGACACAGGAGAAGAGAUACGCCAGGAUCCCUGUCCCUGUCUGUCCUCUUGACAUGAGAACAGCUCUGAGACUACUUUGAUCACAAAGACCCUUAUUAAACACAAUGCCCCAAAGCCAAAGAAGGGGUUGAGUGUGCCGUCUGGAUUCAGCUCAGCCCUUCUCAGGGGUUACAGGUGUCAGAGGAUCACGGGCCUGAAGUGGGGCUUUCCACAGUCCCAUCGGCUGUAGCCAUUUCAGUCCAGUUGCCCUCAGAGGAGGGAUUCCUUCCUGAUUGCUGGCAGGUUUAUAAGUGGCAGCUUGAACAAUCAGGAGGGAAAUCGGGAGUAUUAACCAGCUUUAAAAAUCGUUUUAAUAUUUGCUUUGCUAAUGUGCUGAUCUGCACUAAUUCCUUUUCUUUGCAAAAGGGACUGCUCCUGAAGUAUGCCCCAGCAGGGGCCUCUAAAAGCUUUCCUCACUGUCAGCCGCAGGAGCUGCUCUGAGCUUUAGGAGGCAGUGUUCAUCUCCGCCAAGUGGCCUGGGUCCCGUGUCUUCCAGGCCAUGUAGGCAGUGGAGGGCUGAGGCAGGUGCUGGAAGCCAGGUAAAACUGUGUUCAAGCCGGAGAGUGGAAACCAUUCUUGCGGAGGUUGGGGGGCAGGGUCAGCCUUCCUGUCCACUGGCAGCUCUCUGGGUUCACAGGUCACGGCACAGUUCCUGGUGGGCUUGGGUUUUGUCUGUGGUGGUUCCUGAAGUGCCUUGUCUGCAGACAACCUUUUUCUUUCUUUUAUCCUUCAGGGACUGUACAUGACAGAGGAGUUGUGAGUGAACUGGAAGUCUAGGCUUGCCCGUUUACUGGUUUAUAAGAAGUUAUUUUAUCUGAACACCUCUAAAAUUGCUUUUAUUGACAUACUUUACCUCUUAAUGCAAAGAUUGCCUUUCUGAAGAGUCAAGACGAACCGAAAAAAUGUGUUGGCCUUUUUGUGGGACCAGAUUUCUCAAAUAAAAAAUGAAUAUUUUUACUCUUG